GAAAAAAAUGUAAAUUUCUAGCGAGGAGCUAUAUAAGGCUCUCUUUGUCUCUCCGCAACAAAGGCGAAACCCUAGAAUCUUCAUCUCUCGCUUCUCCGCCUCCUCUGCGCCCAUUUCUUGUUUCAGCUUGAAUUUUGAGGAUGGUGAGGGUUAGUGUCCUUAAUGAUGCUCUCAAGAGCAUGUUUAAUGCAGAGAAGAGGGGUAAACGACAAGUCAUGAUCAGGCCUUCAUCGAAAGUGGUUAUCAAGUUUCUUAUGGUCAUGCAAAAGCAUGGUUACAUAGGAGAGUUUGAGUAUGUUGAUGACCACAGAUCUGGGAAAAUUGUGGUUGAAUUGAAUGGAAGGUUGAACAAAUGUGGGGUAAUUAGUCCUCGUUUUGAUGUUGGUGUGAAAGAAAUUGAGCCUUGGACUGCACGUCUUCUUCCAUCAAGACAGUUUGGUUAUAUCGUGCUGACUACAUCUGCUGGCAUCAUGGAUCACGAAGAGGCGAGAAGGAAGAAUGUUGGUGGUAAAGUACUUGGCUUCUUUUACUGAACGAAGGAUUUGAGGGAUCGUUUUGGAUAACUGGCUUAGUGCUUGAUUCCAAUUUUCUUGUACCCUUUGCAUCCUAUGUAGUGGUUUUUCCAAAGAAAGCUUAUUUUGUCUGUCUGAAUUUUAAGAUAUUCUUUUGUGUUGGUUUUGGAAUUUUAUCCUAUGUGGUAGAGAUUUUAAGGUUAUUUGCUAAA